AUGUUCAACCCAAACGACCCGUGCCACCAUAAGCACCACAUUGACUCGAGCUACGGGCCUCUCAUCAGCGCCAUCAUGUUCGGCACGGGGAUAUUCGGAAACGUCGCCGCUCUGGUGAUCCUGGAGAUCCGAAGACGCCGGGAGAGCAAAGCGGCCGGCAACCGAAGACCUGCGCUUUUCCACAUCCUCAUCGUGGCUCUGGUUGUCACGGAUUUGACCGGGACUUGCUUGGUCAGCCCUCUGGUGCAGGUCGCGUACGCUAAAAACACUACUCUAGUCGGGAUGGCGCCGGAAAGUGAAUCGGCGUGUAAAUAUUUCGGUCUGAGUAUGACGUUUUUCAGCCUGGCUACUAUCUCUCUAUUAUUGACAAUGGCGUUCGAGAGGUGCCUAGCGAUUGGGUAUCCGUACCUCUACAGCCGAUACGUGACCCGAAAAUGCGCUUAUUUCACCAUUCCGACUGUAUUCCUGCUUAGCGCAUUGUUCUGCAUUUCCCCGUUUGCUAAUUUUGGGAGCUACGUCCAGUACUGUCCUGGAACGUGGUGUUUUAUCGACAUGAACCCCGAGUCGAAAAAGAAUCGCGUCUAUGCUAACCUCUACGCCACGGUGAUGCUAGUGCUGGUGCUGGCCAUAGUGGCGUGCAACCUGUUUGUGGUGUACCAGUUGUUCCGGAUGUAUCAGCGGCGCCGGAGGAAUGGCUCGGUCGUGGUCCACUUGCGGUCCAAAAGCGAGCGGAGGGCCCUGUCCAUGGCGGAGGAGGUAGAGCAUCUGAUCCUGCUGGUAUUCAUGACCAUCAUCUUCAUCAUCUGCACCAUGCCGCUAGUGAUACGCGUGUACAUGAAUUCUAUCGGCAAGCGCACCGAAUCUCACCCGGACGACCUGGUGGCCCUGCGUUUCAUCUCCAUCAACUCCAUCAUUGACCCCUGGGUGUUUAUCCUCCUCUCCCCCAGCGUCAUGCACUUCUGCUGGGCCUCGGUGUGCAGGGCUCCGCGGGGCACAGCCAGGGGGUCCAUCUUCAAACUGUCUCUGAGCAAACAGAACUCAGCGGUGCAGCAAGAACUCUCGCGACCCACGUUGGAGUUUACUGAGAACUGUAACAACCAGUCUGAGGCGGGAACCCUAUGA